UAUAUAUAUAUAUAUAUAGUGGAGGUGGGGGCGAGGAGAUGAGUUCCUUUACAACACAAACACUGACGGGAAGUGGGCCGGAAUGUUGUCGAGGCUGCGCUGCGAGAGGAAUAUCCGGUUCUGGGUACAUGGAGGAGGCGGUCUCCUAGUUGCUGUUGAAUUGGAAACAUUCACAGGUUCAUCUCAGAUGGCAUCUCGGUUGUCCAAUUCCUACCCGAUGGAAGUCAGAUGGAACAGGAAAGAAGGUGGAGGUGCAACUUAACAUUUUGAAAAAGGAGAGAACUGUUCCACAUCCAUGAACUCUCCUAUCUAAAGGCUGAGAGCCAGGCACCCAGAACUGAUCAUGAACCUUGUGGUGGCCAAACUCCUGUGUAUAAUUGGAGUGUUUCUCCUGAUGAUGUUAGGCUCUCUGUUACCAGUUCGGUUGACUCAGGGAGAUCGUGCCAAAGUGCACAGGUCCAGGAAACUGCUCUUACUGAGCAACUCAUUUGGCUGUGGAAUAUUUUUAGCUAUCUGCUUCAACACUCUGCUGCCAGGAGUAAGAGAAAAGGUUGAAGAGGUUUUUAAACUUGGAAGCAUGUGGACUGACUAUCCACUGGGUGAGACGACCAUGCUGGUGGGGUUUUUCCUCACUGUCCUUAUCGAGCAGAUGAUUCUAACGUUUAGGAAAGAGAAACCAUCUUUCAUUGCCUUGGAGACGUUCAACGCAGGGUCUGAUGGUGGCAGUGACUCUGAGUGCGAGAGUUCCCUUAUCUCCUUGGGCCAAGGCCAGGGUGAGGGGGAGUAUGAUCGCCGGCGUCCGGCUCGCGGGCCUGGCUUGACCCACUCUGAGAUCUCCUGCACCACCACUUUCCGUUUAGUCUGCCUGGCAUUGGCCUUGUCCACUCACUCCAUGCUUGAGGGGCUGACUUUGGGGCUACAGGAGCAAGGAGCCAAAGUGCUGAACCUGUUUAUCAGCGUGGCUAUCCAUGAGGUGCUUGCCGCUACAUCCCUGGGACUGAGUGUUGCAAAAAGAGCCUUGCCAAUGACUUGUGCCCUGAAACUGGCCUGGACUGUCAGCCUGAUGAUGCCAAUAGGAGUUGGCAUUGGGAUGGGCAUUCACAGUGCCCAGAACAUCGGCGGCAGCAUUGCAUCACUCCUACUGCAAAGUCUUUCAGCGGGGGCCUUCCUGUUUGUUACGUUCUUUGAAAUUCUGGGCAAAGAGUUGGAGGAGAAACAUGACCGACUUCUGAAAGUGCUCUUUCUGAUCCUGGGAUACGGAAUGAUGGCAGGCCUCGCCUUUUUCAAGUGAUGACUCUUUACCUUAAGAUGCUGAGCGAUCAGUCUCCACGUUACAUGGCGUUUCCUCUUUCUGGUUAGGUUGUGAAUCCAUGACUUUUAUUUCCCAAAGUAUUGCUAUUUUGUGUAAUGAAAUGUUGAGCAGGUUUGUUGUGUAUCACAAGUUGUAAUAGCUGCUGGGCUGGGUGUUAGCUGCUUGUAUCUGCGUGUACAGAAUUUAAGUUAUUUCUGGGUUUGUGAAACUUUGGCACUGAAUCCUUGUGUGAUAGCUGUCUUCCAAAAUGAUAUAUUUUUUAAAAAAACAUGAUCCU